CUCUCGCCUUCCCGGCGAAUCCUUUUCAGGACGGAGCGCAAUGAGCCCCCGCCACAGCUGUGCUCCCGGGGCGGGCGCGGCGGGCACCGAAGUUGUGCUAUUGAAGUAUUUGAAGAAACUCUCCACCUUACCUAUUACAGUAGACAUUCUUGCGGAGACUGGGGUCGGGAAAACAGUAAAUAGCUUUCGAAAGCACGAGCAAGUUGGGAGCUUUGCCAGGGACCUCGUGGCCCAGUGGAAGAAGCUGGUGCCUGUUGAACGAAACAAUGAGGCUGAGGAACAGGACUUUGAGAAGAGCAGUUCACGGAAGCGCCCUCGGGAAGCUCUUCAGAGGGAUGAAGAGAUGGAAGAGGACUACCAGGAAAACUGGAAGGCUUCUGGCAGCCAAUCCUAUAGCCCCGAGCACAGACAGAAAAAACACAAAAAGCUCCCAGCGCUUGAAAGAUCUCACAAAGUGUCUCACAGUCAUGAGAGGAGAGAUGAGAGAAAGCGGUGUCUCCGAGUGUCACCAGCAUACUCUUCAGACCCUGAGUCUUCUGACUGUGGCCAUGUCCAGUCCCCUGUGUCCUCUGGCAGUCCCCAUCAGAUGUGCACAGACCAUUACAGGUCCCCAGAGGAGGACCACGAGCCCACUGUUCCCCAUCAGAAACCUGGAAAAGGCCACAGCAAUGCCUUUCAGGAUAGACUGGCGGUCAGCCAAGAGCGACACCUGGGCGAACCCCAAGGGAAAGGGACUGCGAACCCACACAAGGAGCACAAAUCUUCCCAUAAGGAGAAACGCUCCAGAGAAGCCAAGAGUGAUGAGAAGUCCUCUUUGGGCAGAGAAAAACCGCACAAGGCCCUCACCAGAGAGGAAAACCGAAGGCCACUCUCAGGGGACAGCACCAAGGAGAAACUGCACUCCAGUGCUGUGAAGAAAGAGAAGGAAAGAGAAGGCAGCAGCCUCAAAAAGAAGUGUGUGCCCUCUGUGGAGGUUGCUUCAGACAACCAACUUAAAAAGCCAAAGCACAAGGACUCAGAGAAAACCAAGUCAGACAAAAACAAACAAAGUGCACAUGGCUUAGACAUAGGAAAAGGGGCAGGAGACCUGCCCAAAACAAGAGAAAAGGUUUCUAACAACCUUAAGGCUCAAGAAGGGAAAGUAAAAACUUCUAAUUCAGAUAGAAGGUCGCUGGGCGGUUCGCUCCUUAAAGUAGAGGAGACGGACAUGGAUGAUGAAUUUGAGCAGCCCACCAUGUCAUUUGAAUCGUACCUCAGCUAUGACCAGCCCCGCAAGAAAAAGAAAAAGAUUGUGAAAACUUCAGCUACAGCAUCUGGAGAAAAAGGACUUAAAAAGAGUGAUUCUAAAAGCACUAGUAAAAACUUGGACUCAGUUCAGAAAUUGCCCAAGGUGAAUGAGAACAAAUCUGAGAAGCCGCAGCCAAUUGGAGCUGAUUCAGCCAGGCUGAGAAAGGUCCCCACCGAAGCAUUGCCGGUGUUGCCGGACCUCCCGUUAUCCACAAUCCAGGCCAAUUACCGCCCACUUCCUUCCCUUGAAUUCAUGUCCUCCACCCAGGCAAAACGAAAAGCAUUCUCUUCGCCCCAGGAAGAAGAAGAAGCUGGAUUCACUGGGCGAAGAAUGAACUCUAAGAUGCAGGUGUACUCUGGUUCCAAGUGCGCCUACCUCCCCAGAAUGAUGACUUUGCACCAGCAGUGCAUCCGCGUACUCAAAAACAACAUUGACUCCAUCUUUGAAGUGGGAGGAGUCCCCUAUUCCGUUCUCGAACCCGUUUUGGAGAGGUGUACGCCUGAUCAGCUGUAUCGCAUAGAGGAAUACAAUCAUGUUUUAAUUGAAGAAACAGAUCAAUUAUGGAAAGUUCAUUGUCACCGCGACUUUAAAGAAGAAAGACCAGAAGAGUAUGAAUCAUGGCGGGAAAUGUACCUGCGGCUUCAGGAUGCCAGAGAGCAGCGGCUACGAGUCCUAACAAAGAAUAUCCGAUCUGCACAUGCCAAUAAGCCCAAAGGCAGGCAAGCAAAGAUGGCCUUUGUCAACUCUGUGGCCAAGCCACCUCGUGAUGUCCGGCGGAGGCAGGAGAAGUUUGGAACAGGAGGAGUAGUUAUCCAUGAGAAAAUCAAGAUUAAGCCAGCCCCGUACACCACAGGAAGCAGCCACACUCCCACCAGCAGCAACAAUUUUAACUCCAGCCUGGAGGAGCCAGCCUACGAUGGCCCCAGUACCAGCAGUGCCCAUUUGGCACCAGUGGUCAGCAGUACUGUUUCCUAUGAUCCUAGAAAACCGGCUGUGAAGAAAAUUGCCCCAAUGAUGGCCAAGACGAUUAAAGCCUUCAAGAAUAGAUUCUCUAGGCGGUAAACUGAGGACUUGCCUUGGAGAUGGACUUUGGGAGACAGGGACGAUGGGGACUGGGGACUGAGCCUUCCCAAGGAGACCAGAAACCUUCUAGGCUCCGAGUCCUGCACAUCUGCAGGUGUUGGCCCUGUGUGCCACAGCCCUGCACCCUGCCCGGAGCACACUUCAGAAUUCUGAAGACGAUGUGAAGCCUCGGUCUCGCUGAGGAUUUUAAGGUCAAUUAUACUUUUGUUGAUAAUUAGAAUCUUUGUAAACUAUAAGACAUAGUUUUAAUUAAUAAAUAUUGCCCCCAGAUUGUAUUUAUAUCACCCCCAGAGUUCUUUUGGGGGAUUUGUUGUUUUGUCCUUUACCACACACAGCCUUUUCUUUCCCAAGUCCUUUAUUGAAGCUCAAUGAAAGCUAUUCCCCAUCCCAGGUUAGCCCUCCAGAGUGGACUCUACAGGGAGGACUGGGCAGCCCUGCAGCCUGUGCGGUGCACAGGGCCAGAAGUGAGUGUCGAGCCCAUCCUCAGGGGGAGCCUGGCGUGGAGACAGCAGUGUUUGGGGGCUCCUCUCCCUGAGCCCCUCCUCAGCGUUGCUCGGAGUCCUAUGCAGGUGCCUCUUUUUAACCCACUCAGUUGUAUUUAUUAAGGGAGGCUCUUUGUAAAGUUGAGUUCUUCCACCAUCUUCUUUGUAAGUCGUCCCCCCCCACUUUUUUUUAAUAAGGCUCACUGAGGACAUAGAACCUUGAGAGAUUAAUUUGCACAGAAUCAGCAAUUUUAUUAUUUCCAGUUUCUGAUUAAAUUUUAGGUGACCUUCCCCCAGCUCGCUGGGCCCCACCACAGAAAAAAACACAGGCAUAGCAGGGUUUUUCAUAAAGCCUCGAAUGUGGCUUUGGAGUUUUAAAAGCCAGCACUUUAAUGUUGGUCCCCAUGAAUUGCCGCUAGAAGUGAAUGGUUUUUAAAGUUGCAGUGCUCUGUUGGAAAUUGCUUUUGUUUUUGUCUAUUCUUUGAAAGAUAAGAUUGAGUAACUAGAAGAGCACAACAAUUUGCUGUGUCUGGCAGAAAACUCUACAGCUCAAGCCCUCUAUGCUUAGUGUUUAAGCCAGGACUAGAGGAAGGGGCUGCCUAGGGAGACUUUCUGAGCUGUUGUGUUGGGUCAUGGGAACCGCAAGGGCAUCCAUCAAGUUGGAGGGGAGGCUCUUGCUUUCUGCGUGACAUAGGGGCAAGGUCAGAACUAGGUGGGCCAUGUCCACUUCUUCCUGGCCGUCAAGGAAAGUGGACCUAGAAGGAUUGCUUGGUGGUGACCAAGAUGAACAUAGAUGCUAAGGGCUUGGGAUGUGGAACCUUAGAAACCUAUAGCGCACCCUUAGGGCAUAGUAUACCAGCCAGCCUGCUCAGUUUGGCCAGCAGUCCCCUCCACAAGCUCUCUCAGGCCUAGAAUUCGGAGCCUCCACUUUCACCAUCUUGGAGAACUCCGCUAGGCUAACCUGGAUUCCAGGGCCCCACAGGAAGUCUGCAUUCCUCAGUGUGUGGUGUGCAGGGUGCUUGUUGGGGUGGACACAAGUAUUGCUGCAUUUUAAUUUGCUGUAUUUUUUAAUUGAGUAAAGCAUUCUUUUGAUUUGGCUUGUUACACCCCUACCCCCAGCCCAGGCCCCAGAUCUAAUAUUACAAAACCUCUUACCUGAAACUAAAUGAACAUUUCGAUCAGGUGCCAGGCACCUGCUGCCUGGAAUAGCUCCCUGUAGGUGUCUAUCACCUUGAAUUUGUCUCUUAGCUAUGUCUCGGAUUUUUUGCCAUUGAACCAGUUUUUCAGUUUUCAAGUUCAGUUGUGUAUGAGAUAAAUCCCCUUAUUAGGAGUCUUUAAAUGGGAAA